GAAAUAAAUUAUAUACUUUUCAUUUUACACAACAAAAUUCCGAAUAAAUUCAAAGUAUGGUUAAAGUGGUGGAGGAUAUUUUCGGCAUUGCCAUAAAUCCUUUUACGCAGAAGGCGCAAGUGGUGCGACGUUAUACGAUAAGCAACUCCAGUCAGUUAUCGGUGUCUGUCAUUCAGUUGGGCGCCAGCAUACAGAGCAUUAAGUGUGCGGAUGCGUAUCAUCGAGUGCAGGAUGUGGUGCUGGGAUUCGAUGAUAUUGCGGGCUAUGAGGCGCAUAGUGGGCGACACUUUGGUUGCAUGCUGGGGCGUGUAGCGGAUCGUGUGGCAAAUGCCGAGUUCCUAAUGGAUCGACGCAAGGUGCGAGUGUCGCAGAAUUUGCAGAGCAAACAUCAGAUCGAUGGCGGAUUCAUUGGAUUCGAUCGAGUCAUCUGGGAGUUGGAUAAGGUGCUGCCCGAUGGCAUUACGCUGAAGCAUGUGUGCCAGCAUGGCCACGAGGGUUAUCCGGGCAAUCUGCAUGUGCUGGUGCAUUACACCAUCGAUGAUGACAAUCGCUUCUUCAUAAGAGUCGAAGCUCGCACGGAUCAGACGACGCCAGUCAAUAUUACCAAUCAUUGUUAUUUCAAUCUGGCGGGGCACAAGGCUGGACGUGAGGGCAUUGUGGAGCAUCGUCUGGUCAUAGCAGCGGAUAAUACCAUCGAAACCAAUGAGGAGUCUUUGCCCACGGGACGUUUUAGUUCGGUUACCAACACUGUUUACGAUAUGCGUCUGCCCGCGUUCAUUGGCGAUCGACUGCGUCAGUUUGAGCAAAAGCCCGUCCAGGGCUUCGAUGUCUGCUAUGCCAUCGAUAAAGACUUUGAUGCCAAUGUGCUGCACUUCAUGGGACGCUUUCUGCAUCCCGACUCGGGUCGUUAUAUCGAAGUGCAUAGCAAUCAGCCCGGUCUUCGCUUUUCCACUGCCAAUGAUUUUCCCGAUGAUAUGCGCGAUGAGGAGCCCAUCAAGGGCAAGGAUUGCGCACGUUAUUAUCAAUACUCUGGCUUUGGCUUGCAGGCGGAGAAGUUCCCCGACACUAUGAACAAUUUGGACUUUCCCACGGCUUUCAUAAUGCCCAAUGAACUUUAUUUCCAUGAGACCAUCUAUCGCUUUGGUGUGCAGGAGUCUUGGAUGUGCUGUGCCACGCCCGAGGAGCUCGAGGAAAUGGGCGUCUCUAUCAAGGAUACAUAACUGAGAAUGUGCUUCGUUGUCUUGUAGUUGAAAUUGAAAUGUUUACGAGUCGAAUUGUUGAAUGCAGACUUUGAUUAAAGUCUCUAUUGACUUAA